AAUGUCGUUCCUGGGAGGAGUUUGGCACUUUCUGUUUGAAGCACUCUGGGAGAGACCGAGAUGUGUCCAGAGGAGUCUGUGCCAAAAGUGUGGACGGUGCAUUCGACUAACUUUUAACUGCACGGUUUUAUAAAACAAGCUUUUACAAAAUGAUGCGUUUUCUGCUGCUGUUCAGUCGCCAAGGGAAACUGCGACUGCAAAAAUGGUUUCUGCCCCUCCCCGAAAGAGAGAAGAAGAAGAUCAUACGGGACAUGACCACCAUGGUGCUAGCUCGAAAACCACGCACAUGUAAUUUUCUGCACUGGAGGGAUCUGAAGGUUGUCUAUAAGAGGUAUGCCAGUCUGUUUUUCUGCUGUGCUCUGGAGGACCAAGACAACGAGCUGCUGGCUUUAGAAGUGCUGCAUCGAUAUGUCGAACUUCUCGAUAAAUACUUUGGCAAUGUGUGUGAGCUGGACAUCAUCUUUAACUUUGAGAAGGCCUAUUUUAUCUUGGAUGAGUUCCUAAUGGGUGGAGAGGUACAGGAGACAUCUAAACAGUCCAUUGCUAAAUCGGUUGAAGCCUGUGACAUGCUGCAAGAGACGAUGGAGGAGUACAUGAGCAAGCCAGCCUUUUAGCAGCCCUUUAGACAGACUCACAGAUCUACCAAACAAAAAGGAAAGGACAAAGAAACUGACCAGCAUUUAGUGAUUUUUUGAUCCUGGUUUUAGUUUUACAAUACGAAGCUAUGAAGCUGCUGUUUGAAAAGGUUUGUAUGCAAAAGGAAUCCAUACAAGGGUAAUAAUACGCAUAUGAAGAACUUGGAUUAGGGUUUGUCAGAUUCAGAAGGAUUUUUAAAGCUUGUUACGUUAUAUUAUUAUGCAUUAUUUUGUGCUGUGACUUUUUAUGGACCGGGAAGUUUCCUGCUAGUACUCUUAUAGCAGAUCAUUAGCUCCUUGAUUACUUGAACUGGAAAGACAUGCAAGAAACGUCCAUUAGCAAUAACGUCUGUUUGCACAGCUUGGAAGGGAAUUUCACUCUGCCUUUAAGUCUCACACAUGCACACACACACACAUGCAAAAUCAAUAAUAUGGUGAUUUUCAAUAAUGCUAAUAAAUAUUAACGUGUGACAGUGCCUUGUGAAUGUAUGUCUAGUUUUAAAUGUUUUAUUAAUAUUAAUUCGUCUCAUAUGAGAGCAUUUUAGUGACUUCAAAACAUUAAGAAAGAUUAUUUUGUAUGAGUUGAAUGAUAAGCAGUUUGUAAAACACACAGAAC